UUCCUAUAUAUACCCAGAUUGUCUUUACUGUAGCGUACCAAGAGCGGUGUGUUCAAAUAAAAAAGCCAUCCGUCAUGUCAGACAAAGCGCAAGAUGUCGAUUUAACACGGGCCAAACAAAAUACAGGCGUAUGGCUGGUUAAGGUUCCCAAAUAUCUUUCUCAGCAAUGGGCUAAGGCAUCUGGACGAGGGGAAGUUGGCAAACUUAAAAUCGGAAAAUCAGAGGGAAAGACUGUGGUGUCUUUCACUUUGAAUGAGGAGUUGACAGUUGUUGAGAGCUCUGGGGAGAAGGCUUCAUCAGUCCGGGCUCCAACAGAACACCCCUUCACCAUACAGACGGUGGGGGGUCAGACCCUUGCUGUCUUUACAGAGAGUUCGGAUAAACUGGCACUUGAAGGCAUGGUUGUGCAACGGGCUGAAUGCAGACCUGCGGCCAGUGAAGGCUACAUGAAAUUAAAGAAGCUGCAGAUUGAAGAAUCUAUCAAACCUCUUCGUUUAUCUCAGAAGCUUGAAAAGGCUAUUACAACCAAUUACAAACCUGUGUCCAACCACCGCCAUAAUGUGGAGCAUGAGAGGAAGAAGAAAGAGGAAGGCAAGCGUGCAAGAGCUGACAAGCAGAAGGUUCUUGAAAUGCUGUUCUCUGCCUUUGAGAAGCACCAGUACUAUAAUAUAAGAGACCUGGUGGACAUCACAAAGCAACCGGUGAUUUAUCUGAAGGAGAUUCUCAGAGAGAUUGGAGUGUACAAUUCCAGAGGGCCCCAUAAGAGCACAUGGGAACUGAAGCCAGAGUAUCGGCAUUAUGAGGAAGGACAAGAGGAUGAGGAAAAGAAGAUGGAGUGAUUCAGAUCGGAUGUUCACUGUUGUUCAAAGCUUGGUCUACUUUUAUUUUAUUUUUUUAUGUUUAUUUGAUUGACAUAUUGUUUGUUUCUGUUCAACCUUUUGGUCCCUGAAAACUUAUUCCCAGUUUGAAAAGACAUAAAACGCAGCAUAACAGAUAUGAAAAUGGUUAUUUUGUAAUACUAAGCAACAUGCAUUACUUUUUUGUUUCAAAAGACGUGUUUGAGAUAAUUUUGAAGUGAAUACUAUAAUUUGCAUGACCCUUGUUUUCGUCUUGAGCUAAAGGCACUUGUGCACAGAAGUACAUUGUUAAUAAAACAAUGAUCCUUUCAAAUACAUCUUUCCAAUAGUUUUACAGUGCUACAUGCAUUAAGUAAAAAUCCAAAUAGUGAGCAAAGAUUAAAACUCCCACAGGGUUACACUGAAUCUCUUGAAAUGUCAAAUAUGUUUACAUAUACUGUAUAUACGGUUAUAUGUUCAUAUAAUAGAUAUUAUGUUUUUAUGUAUUUGACAUAUACAUACAUCAAGCUGCUUUGGGUUCUGCUAGAGAACAGCGUCUUUUGUUGCUAUUCCAAAGGAACAAAUCUUUAUUCUUCAAAAUUCAGAAUCUUUGGCAAAAGACAGCAAAGGACACAUCUCUUUCGGCAACACCUGUAACGGUAAUACUGACACUUAAAAAAAAAAGAGGGGAAAAGAGUUCAAAUUGAUAUUUGAUUUAAUACUGAAUUUACUGUACAUCAUUUUGAAUUGACAUAGAUGACAGGCAAAUUUGUUUUAAAGUUACCCUCCUUGAUUAUCAAUGACAGUUUUUAUAUUUUGUAAUGUUAUUAGAGUCUGUUUUGUCCUGAGGAAAUUGUUCUCUGAAAGAAAUCAUCCUGCAACUCCUUUACAUUAAUUUUUCUUUAUAGUAGCUACAUGACAUGAGAUCCAGCUUUUCGAAUUUCUUUCACAUGUUUUUAACUUUUCUUUACAAAGACAUUUUAACUAGCUAAAGUGUUGAUAAAUACUGAUAAACAUUAAUUAAAAUCCAAUUCUUAAGGCAGUGCUAUGUUUCUAUCUUUUAAAUUAUGAACAGGUUGUGUAUGUGAAUUUGACUAUUAUUGGUAAGGGAUAAUUUACAGGCAGCCGGUUGUUAAAGCAGAAUUUAAGUGAAAGUGACCUUUUUGUCAGAUAUGGUGACCCAUACCCGAAAUGUGACCUGCAUUUAGCCCAUCCAGAGAGUAGUGAACACACACACAGCAAGUCGUGAACACACGUACACCCGGAAGCUAUCACUGCAGCGCCCGGGGAGCAAGUAGGGGUAAGGUGCCUUGCUCAAGGGCACCUCAGACGUUGCUCGCCGGCCCUGAGAAUCGAACCAGCAACCUUCUGGUCACGAGUCCGACUCUCUAAUCAUUAGGACAAGGCUGCCCUUAAAAUGGCCACUGAAUC